AUGCAAAGGCCCCUCCUCGACACAGGCUCCUUUACCGGCCUCCACUCCUACCCAUCUCUAGGAGUACACGGUUACCUUACCGCCGAGUCUCGGCGCUCACAGCCGCUAUGCGGUAAUAAGGAGGGAUGGGGACCAUUGAGUAAGGAGAGAUAUGAUUUCACACCGUGUUUUAUGGACGUCUGGGUUGCGAGCGUGGCGGCGUUUGGGAUACUGGGGGGUGCCGUUGCGGUAUGGUGGCUUGUGAGGGCAAAACAUAGGUUCGCGGUGCAGAGGGAUUGGCAUUUCUGGCUCAAGCAGAUCCUCAUAGCAGCAAUUGCAGCCUCUGUCCUCGUGCAACUCGUUCUCCAAAUAGCAAACUACCCCGACGUCUGGGCAGGCGAUUUCCGCUUCUGGAGCAGUGUCAUAACGGUGUUGAGUCUGGGUGUCAUUUUUACAAUACAAUGGCUCGAGCACAACCGUCUCCGCAACCCGAACGGUGUCGUGCUGUUCUACUGGCUCCUCCUGCUCAUUGCCUACAGCGUCAAGCUGCGCAGUCUCAUAUCCCAACAAGUCUACACUUCACACCUACCCUACUUUAUCGCCUAUUGCGUCGGGUACGGAUUAUCGUGGCUGGAGUUUGGGCUAGAGUGGUUGGUGCCGAAGAAAAAGAGCGCGUAUCAGCAGUUGGAGGAUGAGGAUGAGUGCCCGAUUGAGUACGCGACUGUAUUUUCAAUCCUCACCUUUAGCUGGAUGACGCCAAUGAUGAGAUAUGGGUACAAGAAGUUUCUCACUGAAGAUGAUUUAUGGAAUUUGGCAAAAAGGGAUACGACCAAGAAUACCGGCGAAGCGUUUACGAAGGCUUGGGAGAAGGAGUUGGAGCAUUCGAGGGGGCCGAGUUUGUGGAUGGCUAUCUUCAGGGCGUUUUCCGGGCCAUAUGUUAGAGGAUCAUUGUUCAAAAUUGUGUCGGAUUCUUUGGCUUUCAUUCAACCUCAGCUGCUGAGGCUUCUGAUCAAUUUCGUGCAGAGCUACUCUACGAAGGAGCCCGAGCCUGUCAUUAGAGGAGCGGCUAUUGCGCUGGGCAUGUUUGCUGUUUCUGUUGGGCAAACGACGGCGUUACAUCAGUAUUUCCAGCGGUCCUUUGAGACGGGGAUGCGCAUUAAGACUGCUCUGACCGCGGCUAUUUAUGGCAAAUCUUUGAAGUUGUCGAAUGAAGGGAGGGCGUCGAAGUCUACAGGUGAUAUUGUCAAUUAUAUGGCUGUUGAUACACAACGAUUGCAAGAUCUCACCCAAUAUGGUCAGCAGUUGUGGUCUGCACCCUACCAGAUUGUGUUAUGUAUGGCGAGUUUGUAUCAGCUUGUGGGAAUAUCUAUGUUGGCUGGUGUUGGGGCUAUGAUCUUGAUGAUUCCCAUUAAUGGACUUAUUGCGAGGCUUAUGAAGAGAUUGCAGAAGCAACAGAUGAAGAACAAGGUAACCUCCUCCCUUUUAUUUCGCUUACGAAACUACGCAUAUGGGCUUUGA